ACACGGAGACAUGAGCUGAGCUCCACAUUGACUUGGACACACAUAGGCACCAACGCAAACACGCAACCAACAACCAACAACAACAAACAACAACAACAACACCUGCUGGCUUCCUGACCUUGCGACAAGGAAGUCACUUGCUAUACAACUAUACAAGACCUGGACCAGGAGGAAGUGUUUUUGUGACCAGGUGGUCCAGGAGUCCUGAGGCGGGACAAGGUUGUCCAGGAGUCCUGAGACGGGACAAGGUUGUCCAGGAGUCCAAGAGCAGCUGAAGGUGGAGCAGUGACAACACAAAUAUGGACCAGGAGGAUGACAAAAAUUCGGUGGACAUCCACGACAACCCCCCCGCCCCCGACAACGUGGUGAGGGAGGAUGGUGACACGGUCUACUUCAUCUACGAGGAGGAGGUGGAGGUGGAGGAGAAGGAACCAGAACCUCCUCCUCCGGUGGUCCGGGUCAAUGACAAACCUCACAAGUUCAAGGACCACUACUGCAAGAAGCCCAAGUUCUGUGACGUCUGCGCUCGCAUGAUCGUCCUCAACAACAAGUUUGCUCUGAGGUGCAAGAACUGCAAGACCAACAUCCACCACUCCUGUCAGUCCUACGUGGAGUUCCAGAAGUGCUUUGGCAAAAUACCGCCUGGCUUCAGACGAGCGUACAGUUCUCCUCUUUACGGCAGCGACCAGCCUGAUCCAAACAACCCUAACCGCAACGACCCAGUGUUUGACACCCUGAGAGUGGGAGUCAUCAUGGCCAACAAGGAGCGCAAGAAGAACGAGAACGACAAGAAGAAUAUGAUGAUGAUGAUGGAGGAAGAGGAAGAUGACAACCAGCAGCCCAAAGAGAACGAGGAAGGAGGAGAAGGAAAGCCAGAAGAAAAGAAGGAGAAAGGAGGAGAAAAAGCAGAUGAGAAAACCAAGGGCACCUUCUCCCAGUCUCACUACUACCUGGCACUCUACCGCUUCAAAGCCAUAGAAAAGGAUGACCUGGACUUCCACCCGGGUGAUCGCAUCACAGUGCUGGACGACUCCAAUGAAGAGUGGUGGAGGGGCAAGAUGGGUGAGAAGAGCGGUUACUUCCCCACCAACUACCUGAUCAAGGUGCGUGCCUCUGAGCGCGUCUACAAGGUGACUCGCUCCUUUGUGGGCAACAGAGAGAUGGGACAGAUCACUCUGAAGAAGGACCAGAUCGUGGUGAAGAAAGGAGACGAGAAGGGAGGUUACUUGAAGGUCAGCACUGGACGCAAGCUGGGAUACUUCCCCUUGAACCUGUUGCAGGAGAUCACUGUCACAUAAACAACAACAUAUCUAAAUAAACAAAAACAAUAACAAGCUGGGAUACUUCCCCUUCAACCUGCUGCAGGAGAUCACUGUCACAUAAACAACAACAUAUCUAAAUAAACAACAAUAAUAUCAUAUUCACUCGGCUAAAUAAACAACAACAACAAUAUCAUACUAUCUUGGCUAAAUAAACAACAACAAUAUUAUAUUCACUCAGCUAAGUAAACAACAACAAUAUCAUAUUCGCUCAGCUAAAUAAACAACAACAAUAUAUUCACUCAGUUAAAUAAACAACAACAAUAUAUUUACUCAGCUCAAGCAGGGAUGUCCACAGUGACGUGCAGUCAGGGGAGGCAGGUGAGGCGGGGCCUCACGUGCCAUCACGGAAAGAAAAAAAAUGUAAAAAGAAAAAACAAUUUUUUAAUUGUUAUAUGUAUCCAGUGAUUAUACUAUAAAGUUAUUUUCCAUUUAACUUCACCAGUUUUAGACUAUUUUUAUUCAAAAUCGCUGAAUUUUCACAUUUGCCGUUCAAAUACUGAGAAGAGACUUGCGGUGAGUCACCAGCCAGUUGAGGCACGUCACUGAGUUGAGCCUCACCAUGGAUUGCGCAAUGACUCGGCUAACUGCUGGCCUGCUGUGCAGUGAGACCAUAUUGCUAUAUGAAUUAUAUUAUACAUGUCCAUAGUUUAGUUAGCUGAGGUAUAUAAUGUACAGUGUAUUUUGUCAACAACUGUAUGUGUGUAACAUAUUUCUUGUGCUGAGCAAUUAUAAAACUGCUGCGAAGACGCACUGUGUGAGGCUCUCAGUAAUCCCGCCUCAUGGUGGUAGAGGGCGCUAGUGAUCCCAGAGAUCAUUUUUGCGACUACUCGGCUGCAGAAUAAGUGACAACAAGCAGCAACAGUUAGCGAUCGUUUAUUUUUUCCUCUUGCUUGGAUGUUUAACAUGGAGGAUUACAUAUCUAAAAUAAAACAGUUUUCUAAACUGGACUUUCAAUCGAAGCAGGGGGUAAUACUUAAAGGAAGAUCUCCAACGAGACAGAGAGACUUUUAAAACUGAAGAAAGAUAAGGAAGACUUCUAUAAACAAGUUAUCGAUGCUUUUGUUCAAAAGGAGCUGCGCAUGGACUUCAUUUAUAAGUAAAGGUAAGACCAUAAUAAAAAAAAUGUUUUAUUAAAUGUGCUUUUUUGUGUGCUACAGUUUGUAUGUGUAAAGUUAAAGUUAAGUUAAAGUACCAAUGAUUGUCACACACACUAGGUGUGGUGAAAUGUGUCCUCUGCAUUUGACCCAUCCCCUUGACCACCCCCUGGGAGGUGAGGGGAGCAGUGGG